UUUUUUUUUUUUUUUUUUUUUGUGAUUUUCUAUCUUGUCUGUCUUGCGCAUCCGACCGGCCUAAGAACGCUUGUUGGAUCCAUUUUCCCUUUAGUCUCGAUCCUAGUGACGCCAUGAGCUAGAGGUGCCGCGCCCAAACCGUCAAAACGUCCCAUGCCGCUUCAUCCAUGAGUAACAGAGCAGCACAAGCAUGCGACGGAUGCAGGGUGCGAAAGGUGAAAUGCAAUAGCACGCAGCCGUGCUCCCAAUGCUCCCACCUGGGCCUCGGGUGCAUCUACUCGCCGUCGACUAAGCGGAAGCCCAGCGUGCGCAACCGGCUGGUCACGCAGCUCCGCAACAAGUCCAACAUAGCGGCCACGAGCCAUGGUAACGCUUCCCCGUCUGACUAUCCCGAGAGACCGCCGGGUCCAGCGGUCACGUCCAUCGCCGGCAUAGUGAACCCGGACCAAGACGGGGCCCCCUCUGCUGGUGGUGGUGUUGGUGGUGGUACCGCUGGGUUUGGUUUUGGUGCUGGUAUUGGUAUUAGUACUAUUGGUAUUGGUGCCGGUGCUGGUGCCGUUGCUGGUGUUGGUGGUGCAGAGACGACGCCUCCCGCGUGGGACAAUCGUACUUUUACCCCAGGCUUCUUCAUCGGCAUGCUGGCCAAGUAUGAAGAGCAAGUGUAUCCGGGCAGCCCCAUCAUCACCAGCUAUGAGGUCCGCCAGGCCAUUGACAACAUGCACGCCAACCUUGAUGACGCUGCCUUUGUCUAUGCGGUAGGGGCCGUGACUAUCAAUCUGACGACGCCCACGGUGCAGGGUGAGGCUGGUGCUAAAAUGACCGAGCUGAUCCGACUGAGUCUGGGUGCGUAUAGGCGGGCACAGUCGAUGGCGGACGUCCACAACGGCAGGCUGACGGAGAUGCGGACAACCUUUAGGCGCAUCAUGACGUGCGUCUUCCUCGCCGUGUCCAUGAUGGCCUUUAGCCGCCUCGACCGCUGCUUCGCCGUGCUGCGUGAGGCCAUGACCAUGGUGCAAAUGAUCCAAGUCCAGCAGUGCUCGCACAGCGCAGUGCCCCUCGAGCCGCGCGACGUGCCCAAGUUCCAACGUGUGUACUGGCAGGUCUUUAUCCAUGAGCGCUUCCUGACCAUUCUCUCUGGCUUUCCAAGUGUCAUGACGCCUCUGCCCACGGGCCUGCCAGCGAGGGACCCGUCGAUCCCCACCCACAUCGACGCUGGCUUCAACCGUCUGAUCCGCCUGUUUCAGCUCUUGGACGGGCCGUUGCUGCUCUACUGGAGCGCCCAGCAGAACCCGGCGCAGCCAGUUGCAGGCGUGUCCCUGCGGUGGAUCGAGGGCAAGCAGGUCCAGCUGGAUCAAGACGAAGCCGGUGCGUCAGAGGCCGAGCGAGGACUGGUUGACAGCGGCCGGGGGUCCUUUACAGAGCUGCAGCAUGUUGAUCUGCUGGUGACCAGGCUCUGGAUGCGCACGCUGCUGUGGCAGCUUGGCUUGAUGCACCAUCUUUUUCGCUCGGCGCCGCAGCACGAGGACCUGGCCCUCCAGCUCCAAGUGUACCGGCUCUCUGCGCAGGUGCGGAACCUGGUGAGCCAGCUCGAAAACGUCUCCACGACUGUCACGCACGGCAUUGGGCUUGUGCAGAAGAUUUUCGAAAUCACCAGCACCGUGGCGGACGUGCUGGCGCUGCCGCUGGGCUAUGGCCAGACCCAAGAAGACGUGAGAAGUCGUAUACAAGAUUUUGUGUUUCUGGUGCGUUUCUUGUUUAGCUUGGAGCGAGUCGAGAGGGAGCAGCGAGACUAUCUGCGCGAGAAGCUGGAAGGGCUCCAGCAGCAGUAUACCAUCGUCAACUUUGCUGACAUGCUUGGGUUGAACCCAAUAGCACACGGCGCAUACCACUGAGCGAAUGGUGAAAGCAAUCUUUUUCUUCUCUUUAGAUUUCGGCAAGGGCAAAAUUGGUACACUGCAUAGGACUCUGGGUUAGCAUGGUUC